CCCGCCAGGGCCGGGGUGGGGAGGAGGCGGCCGCGGCGGCGCGGGGCCGGCCUGGGCCGAGCGGAGCGCCGGCGCUGCCCGCACGGGGACCGAAGCCCGAGCCGGAGCCCGAGGCGCGGCCGCCGCCGCCGCCAUGCGCUGGGUCCGCGCGCUGCUGAAGAAUGCGUCCCUGGCAGGGGCGCCCAAGUACAUCGAGCACUUCAGCAAGUUCUCUCCGUCCCCGCUGUCCAUCAAGCAGUUUCUGGACUUCGGGUCCAGCAAUGCCUGUGAGAAAACCUCGUUCACCUUCCUCAGGCAGGAGCUGCCCGUGCGCCUGGCCAACAUCAUGAAAGAGAUCAAUCUGCUUCCCGACCGGGUGCUGAGCACACCCUCAGUGCAGCUGGUACAGAGCUGGUAUGUCCAGAGUCUCCUGGACAUCAUGGAGUUCCUGGACAAGGACCCUGAGGACCAUCGGACGCUGAGCCAGUUCACCGACGCCCUGGUCACCAUCCGGAACCGCCACAACGACGUGGUCCCCACCAUGGCACAGGGCGUGCUGGAGUACAAGGACGCCUACGGCGACGACCCCGUCUCCAACCAGAACAUCCAGUACUUCCUGGACCGCUUCUACCUCAGCCGCAUCUCCAUCCGCAUGCUCAUCAACCAGCACACCCUGAUCUUUGAUGGCAGCACCAACCCAGCCCACCCCAAACACAUCGGCAGCAUCGAUCCCAACUGCAACGUCUCUGAGGUGGUGAAAGAUGCCUACGACAUGGCCAAGCUCCUGUGUGACAAGUAUUACAUGGCCUCACCUGACCUGGAGAUCCAGGAGAUCAAUGCAUCCAACUCCAAACAGCCAAUUCACAUGGUCUAUGUUCCCUCCCACCUCUACCACAUGCUUUUUGAACUCUUCAAGAAUGCCAUGCGAGCGACUGUGGAAAGCCAUGAAUCUAGCCUCACUCUCCCACCUAUCAAGGUCAUGGUGGCCUUGGGCGAGGAAGAUCUUUCCAUCAAAAUGAGUGACCGAGGUGGGGGUGUUCCCUUGAGGAAGAUUGAGCGACUCUUCAGCUACAUGUACUCCACAGCCCCCACGCCUCAGCCCGGCACCGGGGGAACCCCACUGGCUGGCUUCGGGUAUGGGCUCCCCAUUUCCCGCCUCUAUGCCAAGUACUUCCAGGGGGACCUGCAGCUCUUCUCCAUGGAGGGCUUUGGGACGGACGCUGUCAUCUAUCUCAAGGCCCUGUCCACGGACUCGGUGGAGCGCCUGCCUGUCUACAACAAGUCCGCCUGGCGCCACUACCAGACCAUCCAGGAGGCCGGCGACUGGUGUGUCCCCAGCACGGAGCCUAAGAACACGUCCACGUACCGUGUCAGCUAGAGGCCACCCCGCUCGUCUGCACCCAUCUGGAUGGACUGCUGUCUCUGGGUCCGGCCACCAUGGUGACCCUCCCUGUCCCCCCCCAGGUGGGGGGAGGCGCUCCCUGAUGCCCACCUUCUGUCUCUGUGGAAAUCACUGCGGUGACCAGUCUGUGGUGGCCCCUAAGUGCCAAUCUCUGUCUCCAUGGAGACCCCUAGGUGGUCUCCCUGGGUCCAGUCUCUGUGGGCAAUGCCUGAGGGUUGGGGGAUGUCCUCACCCUGAUGGGGUGUCCCAAAGAUACGUUUCCGUGGCAGUCUUCCUCUCUAAGCCCAGAGCUGCCAGUUCUCUGCCAGGGGUCCUCGGUCCCCCUCACUGCCCUCUACGGCCCUGGCUUUGCAGGUGGACACCGCUGCUUGCCUUAUUCCUCUGGCCCAGGCCAGUACCCUGGCCCUGGGCUGCUGUCAGUGUUUGGAAGGGCCAGGUGCCCACCAGAUCUGGGGUGGCGGGAGGGGACUCUUGGCUGGGGACCUGGUCCUACAGUCUCUCCCUCCACUCUAGUUUAAGGUCAAAGUUAGGAGGGGGGGGUUUCUCACGUGGGACUCACCCCUAAAGCCGAGGAACCUGGGAGGACCCGGAGGUUCCUCGGCUUUAGGGAUUCCCCACCCAACCAAGCUGCUCAAAGCCCACAGGUGGCCCCAGCCAUGUUUCUGCCACCUCCAGAGCCCUUCCCGUGCAUGUCCUCACGUGCCCACCACACACAGUCCCCCCUGAGCUCCAGACCCCGAUUCCCACUGUGCCCGGACAUGCGUGUGCUUGGGGUGGCUUUCUCCCUAGAACGUUCUGUGUACAUAGCUAGUUUUAUAGCCCUGAAUGCCCCCACCCUUCCCCUUAGCACACAGGGGGUUAAAGUUGUGUGCUCCUCCCAGUGGCUGUGAUGGUGACAGUGACAUCCACAGUAAAGAGGAGAUUGAAUGAGA